AUGAGAUACAUAGAAAUAUUACAUUAUAGACUAUAUGUUACGCUUGUUAGUCAUAUUAGCACAACAUUCACUCAGAAGGAACAUCUUUCUAAGUCUUUUUAUAUGAAUUCACAUAAUUAUAGUGUAUAUCAAUCAAGCCAUGAAUCUAAAUGUUUGUUUCCAAUCAUUGAUAUUAUAGGUAUAUUUCCCAAGUGUAUAAAGGAAUUUAAUGCGUCUAAAGGGAUAAUCGAUAAAAAUUAUUUUAAUAAUACAUACUAUAAUGUGUGUUUUACUGAUGUAAAAAAUAUAUUACAACCUAAUGAUAACAAUUUUUUAUAUACAUGUAUGGUUCUUAGUCAGUAUUUAGAAUCUAUAAAAUAUAAGUCAGAUGACUCCGAAAAAACACAAAGCUGUAUUUAUUUCAACUACAUGUUAAAAAAUGAAAUUGAAAAAUAUAAAAUAUCUUGUAAUGGUGAAAAAGAGUGUUAUCUUAAAAUGAUUAGUGUAACGGACUCAAAUAAUACAAGCAUUAAGGUGCCUGAAAUAUGCAAACAGCAUGUUGUUAAUCUUGAUGAUCUUACAUUUUACGUAUUGGACAAACUGAAUGAUAUAUAUAUAUAUUUUGAUAAUUUUAAAACAGAAAAUUCUCAAUGUUCUCUUGGCAUUAAAUGUUUUAAUACAUAUAAGAGCCUCUUAGAAAUAUGUCAUAGAUCGAAUAAUCAUAGUUUGUGUAAAUUUUUACAAAAUUUUCAAGGUGAGUAUAAUGAAUAUAUGAAAAAUAAGAAUACAUGUGAGCGCGUUCCCCAAAUCUUAUAUUCUUAUUAUGGUGUAAAUAUAAACAAAUUUUAUUUAAUUUCUCUUAUUAUAACAUUAACAAUAUCAUUAAUUGCAUUUUUUAUGUAUAAGUAUGCCCCAUGUGGCUCAUAUUUGAUACAAAUAAGAAGGAAGUUGAAGAAACGGUGUAACAAAGAAAGUAAUGAUAAUUUCAAAAUAAAGCUUCCCCCUGAACCUACUUGUGAUGAAUUUAUAAAUAAAAGGCCUAAAAUAUCAUAUAACUCAGUACUAGACUCUUAA